UGCCAUCUCUUCCCUGGGGAAGCGUGAAGGAGAGGAUCUGGUUUGCUAGUUGUUAACUGAGUGACUGUUCUUGGCUCACUGAGGUUCUUGGCUCACCACGAGGGACACAAUGAGGAAAACAGUGCACCCAAAGCUGCAUGUGUCACCGGGCAUGUACAGGAGUUCAUACAAGAGAGACUACCAGUGGUGUGAGGCAUACCUGCCACCCAGAGAGGAAGACAUUCAGAAGCUGCAGAUUGCAGACGCCCAGCUAAAAGCCAAGGAGUUUGCUGUACCCCAGGAGGAGCAAGCAAUGACCUUCAGUGACAGCGUUGUCUGGCAGCGGAGAAAAGGCAUCCCAGCACCGAGCACCAAAGCCAGCAGUGGUGCUGAUGACACAGGAGAAGGCUACCUGCCAAAGUACUACCCUGCCACCGAGCUGGCGGCGAUCCAGGCAGAGGCAUCGGAGAGGCCGCGGGCUCUCGCUGAGCUGGGGAACGAGCCGUCUUGUUGCCAACAUCUUCCAGCUGCUGCUCAGACUGCUGGAACAGCAGGGAUGUUUCUGCGCAAGCAGAAGCUGAUCCCGGUCUGGCCCACCUACUGGCAAUUCGCCAUGGAGACGUCCCGGGCAAGGCAGCAUGAUGCUCAGCAAAACAAGAACAUGAGCCUGAGCUCAUCUGCUUUGUUGGAAGAGUACUUUGACCUUGACUGGAGAAGUACCUACGACACAGAUUUCCAGCGCUGGCCAGGAGCCCAUGGUGGACACUGUACAGCAAAUAAGAGCAUUUCUCACAUUUUCCCUGAAGAUGAGAACUUAAGCCAGAACUGGGUGUCCGAGUACAAGGACAACUACAGCGUUUUCUCGCAGAGGCUGGACCAGUCAUCUCCAGUGCCUGCUGUGGGGCUGUGCACUGUGCUGUCCUUUGGGGAAGGGACUGCCAUAGACACAGCCCAGUGA